UUGGAACUUUCAGUGUAAACAAUGGCCUUUUUACCUACAGUUCCACCAAGAAGCACUACAACUGGCCCUACUCGUUUUUCCACACCGCGUAUAGACUUCUCUGGUUCACAAGGGAUGUCAGAAGUUGGCGAAGGCUUUGGUCUCGAAGUGAAUUCUCGUUCAUUUUCUGCAAUAGGCGGUAUCUUUAGAGAGCCGAUGGUUCGCCCAGCGACUUCUUGUCUGCUUCCGAGUUCUUCUUACAGAAAACCUCCACGAACGGUGGCGAACCAAAGUGUCGUCUCUAGAAACAGUAGUGCUGUUGGUUCUUCCAGCGGACUAAAGUUUCGAACGCUUCCUUUUUCUGCAGUGAAUAAGAGUUUCGGUGGCUUUUUAUGUGCGGAUGUUGAAGGGAAAUUAUUGGAGACAGGCGAUCCAUCUCUCAGUGUGGAGACCUUGCUUCGAAGUCGUGCGGAGGAAAACGGUUUGGUUCUCCCUCGUUGGUUACCGAAAGAAGAAGGCGUUUGGAAUAACACUGUCUGUUUUGAUCAGUCAUCUUUAGAGAACACGGUUUCGUUGUCUCUCAGACAGAGACCUAUGACCUUGGCUAUUCUUGAUGUGGACCACGAGACCAGCGGAUAUUUGGAGAAAGAUAAGGAAGACAAACUGUGGAAUGAUAGAAAUGGUCCUGAAAAUAAACUGGAUAAUGUGAACCAGCGUUUGAUGAAUUUAUCUGAAACAAUAGAUGAUAUUUCUAGUACAUCAUUGACAUCUGCGAAAGCACUGGUAACCGAAAAGAAGAAUGCUCAACAGCUUACACAGCAGUUGACAAACCGCACUGGCCUGUCUUGUGUUUCUUACGACGAUAGACAAACACGAAAUUGGAAUUACACAAUGGAUGCUUUAUUAAAGGGUGGAAAGGCGAGAGAGUGUUUGGAUAUGUUUCUUUCUAUGCCUAGUAAUGAAGUUAAACGAGAUGUAGCGUCGUGGUCUAUUUACAUUACCGCACUUGGUCGUUUGGAAAGAUAUUCAGAGGCAGAACGAUCAUUGAUAUGGAUGCGUGAGGAGCAUAUUCAACCCAAUAUAUAUACAUAUUCUGCAUUGAUUGAAACACUUGGAAAAGGUGGUUUGUGUGUGAGAGCACUUAGUCAGUUUCGUCGAAUGAGUCGGAUAGAUAACAUCGCACCCAACACUGUUACCUACAAUGCUGUUAUCAAAAUUGUAAGCCGUUGUAAACGAAACGACUGUGGAGGAAUUACUAGAGCAAUGAGCCUUUUGCGAGAAAUGGCAACCAAAGGAUGCAUCCCUGAUGUAGUUACGUAUGCAACUCUGAUUGAUGCGUUUUCGAAAAGAAUGGAACCAGAAAGGGCUUUGAAGUUGUUUCAAGAGAUGAAAGAGGCAAACGUGAAGCCUAACAAUUACUGUUAUUCGUCAUUGAUAUCGGCAUUUUGUCGGGCUGGAUAUGUAGAACGCGCACUCGCAAUUUUUGAAGAGAUGACUCACGAGCGCAUUGUUCCAGAUGUGUUUGCAUUUAAUGCUCUUAUAGAUGGUUUUGGUAAAUUGCGUCAAGUGGACAAAGCAUUUGAAAUUUAUGAUCGUAUGAGGAAGCUUCAAAUUCAACCAGAUCGCAUCACUUUCAAUGCUUUGAUUUCAGCUUCUGGUAAAGCCAAGAACUCUAUUAGAGCUCUUGAAGCCAUGGGUGACAUGACUGAAAUUUAUGGACUGACACCAGACCGGCAUAGCUAUAAUGCUCUUAUCGAUGCCUGUGGAAAGUCUGGAGAUUUUACCAAAGCUUAUGAAGUUUUUGAAGAAAUGCGUACAAAGGGCAUUCGUCCGUGUACGGUGACAUUCAAUGCCUUGAUAUAUGGGGCGAGCCGCAGUCAUGAUCUUGCUGCUUCAUUCAAGAUUGUUGACCUUAUGCUCCAGGAAGGUUUGAACCCUGAUGCCUACACGAUGAAUACGUUGAUAUCGGCUUGCAACCGGAGACAGGAUUUAAGUACUGCCUUUGAGGUUUUGGAAAAGUUCAAGCAGUUGGGUGUCCAUCCAGAUAAUGUCACCUUCAACACUUUUAUAGAUGCUGUCGGCAAGUUGGAUUCUUCAGAGAAAAUGUUUGAACUUUUGAGUGAAAUGGAGAGCCGCGGGAUUUCUCCUUCAAAAGUUACACUGAAUACCAUCGUUGGUUGUUGUGGUAGACGAGGGAAAAUAGACUUGAUGGAACGAGGUUUCCACAUGUUUCACGAGAAACGUUUGGAACCAGAUAGUGUUACAUUCUCCUUGUUGAUAGAAAAUUAUGUUUCUCAUCAUUUGUUGGACAAAGCAGUAAUAGCUUAUCAUAAUUGCAAGAGACAGCAGCUAGAGUUGAAUUCUAAUGUAGUCAUGCAUCUCUUAGAAAGUCUCAUAAGGAAGGACGAAAUAGAGGUUGCCAAGUUGAUACUCAAAGAUUAUCCCUUUCUGAUGCGACAUUUUUCGUUGGAGGAUGAUCGUCAAACUACGAGGAGUAGAAGAAAAUAAACAGAUUGUAUAUAUUGAUAUCUAUUUAGAUAGAGAAAGAGAGCAACGCGAGAAACUUCCAAAAAAUAAAUAUUGUCAUUCCGUGAGAUACUGAUUGUUUCGCUACCGUAAUAGAGUCAGUCUUCAGCUGUUGGCACAGUUGGUUCAAGCCCAUAAAGAUUCUCAUUGGAAA